GUGUUUAAUCAAAUACAAUUCACACUUGAAUAUAGAAGAUUAAGGUGAACCUUAACAAGAAAAAUAAUGUCUUUUGGGGUUUCCCUUCAUUGUUCAUGAUAAGGGAUAACACUCGGACACAACUUGGUAUCAUGCCCAUGGAGGAUCAGAAAGAGAAACCAUAGUGAAACAGAAAAUAGCUACACAGUUUUUCUGCUGAAGAUGGCAAAACCAGUUUCCAAUUCCAAUUCCAAUUCCCACUCACACCUAAUUCCAUUACUCAUUUUGAUCCUGUUCUUUUCCACCACCUUCCAUCUCUCAGAGCAGUUACAAUUUUCUCAGACCCAAACACUUCAAAACUUCCAGAACCUUCUUGGCUACCCCCAAGAACUUUUAACCCUCAACACCAACACAGACUUCUGCAACAUUGAACCAACCCCACACUUCACACUCGUUUGCUAUGAAGAAAAUCUCACACAGCUGCAUGUUGUUGGCAACGGUUUCAGUCCCAACGCAUUGCCACAGAACUUCUCAUCACAAACACUAUUCGCCACACUCGCCACACUCUCAAGCUUAAAAGUCCUCACUCUCGUUUCUCUUGGUCUCUGGGGUCCAAUACCUCCAACCAUUUCUCAGUUAUCUUCUCUUGAAAUACUCAACAUAAGUUCAAACCAUUUCACUGGUGUUGUUCCGUCACAGAUUUCACUUCUCAAGAACCUUCAAUCACUGGUUCUUGAUAACAACCUUUUACAAGGCGUUAUUCCAAGCGAAAUAGGGACUCUUCAAGGCUUGGCUGUGCUUAGUAUGAAGAACAAUUCGCUCAGUGGAACCGUUCCAGAUUCAGUUAGAACAUUACAAACUCUGCGAGUUUUGGAUUUGUCAAAUAACAAAAUCUCAGGGGAUUUACCUAGCCUUCGCCAUCUGUCGAACCUUCAAGAUCUUAACCUGGAGAACAACAAAUUCGGGCCUCAUUUUCCAUCUCUUCCAACUAAAUUGGUUUCGCUUGUUCUAAAGAAUAACAGCUUUAAGCUUGGUCUUCCUUCGGGAUUAGUCACUUUCUACCAGCUUCAGAAACUCGACGUUUCGCUUAACGGUUUCGUUGGGCCGUUCUUGCCUGCAUUGUUAUCUCUUCCUUCUCUUAGUUACCUUGAUGCGUCCUCAAACAAGUUCACCGGAAUGCUGUUCAAGAACGACACGUGUAAUGAUGAGCUUGUUUUCGUGAACUUGUCUUCGAAUCUGUUGAGAGGGGAACUUCCCACAUGUUUGAAACCAGUGGCCAAUAAGCCGGUGGUUCUAUACGCCGGGAAUUGUUUAUCGAACGACGAUGGCCGGAAUCAGAACCCUGUCCGCUUCUGCAGCAACGAGGCUAUUGCUGUUAAAAUCAUGCCUCCUCAAGAGAAUCACAAGAGGACAACCGGAAAAACGGUUCUCGUGUCCAGUAUGGGAGGGAUAGUUGGUGGAGCAUUGAUUGUUGGAGUGGUUAUUUUGGUAGUUAGCCGGGUUCAUAAGAAGGGUAGUGUUGUAAAAACACCUGUGAAACCGACCUUGGAGAUUGUUAUCAGCCAGGCGAAAAAGGAAGAGGAAGACGAAGACAAAGAGGACGAAGAAAAGGAAAAGGAAAAGGAAGGCAUGGUAGCUGCUUCUUCAAGAUCCUUGUCCAUAUCCGUGUUGCAGCGGAUCAUGAAAAGGGUGCCGGAUAAGGGCGCUGUGGAGUCGUUUACAAGGUCCAUGAAGGAGCAUGUCAUGAACAGAAUGCAUAACAAAAAUGGUGUGAGGACAAGUACAAGGUCUAUAAUAGAACAUGCAUCUUCAGUCAACACUGCAAAGCUGCUCACAGAUGCAAGGUAUAUAUCAGAAACAAUGAAGAUGGGAGCCAGCUUUCCAGCUUACAGAACCUUUGCUUUGGAUGAACUGAAGGAAGCUACAAAUAAUUUUGAUGCAUCAAGUUUCGUUAGUGAGGGUCCACAUGGCCAGAUAUAUAAGGGGGUGCUCUCCGAUGGAAUGCCUAUUACAAUCAGAGGAUUGAAAAUGCGAAAGAGACAUAGCCCUCAAAAUUACAUGCACCACAUUGAGUUGAUUUCGAAACUUCGGCAUUCACACUUGAUCAAUGCUCUUGGUCAUUCAUUUGAAUGCAACCAGGAUGAUUCAAGCGUCAGCACUAUAUUCCUCAUAUUUGAGUUCGUUCCAAACAAGAGUUUAAGGAGUUAUGUGUCUGUGUCAGCAGGAUCACCUAGUGAAAAGCUUUCUUGGACACAGAGGAUAUUAGCCGCGAUUGGAGUGGUAAAAGGCAUUCAAUUCUUGCACACAGGGAUAGUGCCUGGACUAUAUUCCAAUAAUCUGAAGAUAACUGAUGUUCUUUUGGAUAACAAUCAUAAUGUUAAAAUAAGCAGUUAUAAUCUGCCACUCUCUGCAGAAACUAGAAGACUGGUCAGCAAUGGACCUUACCCUGGAUUAAAAGGAAACUUCCAAGAAAGGAUAAUGGAUGCAGACAAGAAUGAUGUCUAUGAUAUUGGGGUAAUCUUGCUUGAAACCAUUUUGGGUCGACCAUUGAUGUUCCACAAUGAAGUUGGCACUCUCAAAGAUCUUUUACAAGUAAGCAUAAAAACUGAUGAUAUGGCAAGGAGGAGUAUUGUUGACCCAGCAGUUCACAAGGAAUGCUCAAAUGAAUCAUUAAUGACAAUGAUGGAGAUUUGUGUAAGGUGCCUCUCCAAUGAUCCUACUGAAAGGCCUUCUGUGGAUGAUGUUCUCUGGAAUCUGCAUUUCGCUGUGCAAGUUCAGAAUUCUUGGAGGAGAGACUCUAAUGAUCAGAGAGGCUCACCUGCAUCAUCAUCCUCCCAUGAGACAAGAGUUGUAUGAAUAUGAAGAAGUCCUCCAUGGAACUUAUAGAGGAAUGUGUUUGCUACCAUGUAUGUACAAAAGUUUGAUCAUAUACAGAUUGGAUGAGCUUGAUUAUCAGUUUUUAAA